CUCUCCGAUCUGUAUUUUGGAUUCAGUUUCAGAUGUUUUCUCAGUUCGAUCCGGUUUCUCUCUUAGCUUAUUUAUUACUUGGUGUUGAGGCCGUCCGCGGUUAGGAGUCCAUGUCGUGUACAUCAAGAAGCCUUAUUACCUCCUUAUAUAUCAGGAACGAUCGACCGUGUUAUAUAUACUCUCGUUCUGAACCCCGGGAAGAUUUUAGUUCACCACAACGCAUCGAAUCUUCAGAUAGGGUUACGCAGCUAAUACUAUGUCGGCUCCUGUCUCCGAGAGAGAUCUCUUCGAGAGAGAACCGUGCCCAGGCCGCAUCAUUGAUGAUGCAGGCAGUGCUUUCGCCAUGGGUGCUGUCGGUGGUUCUGUCUAUCACUUUCUCAAGGGCCUUCGUAACUCGCCCAAUGGUGCGCGAAUUACUGGCGGCAUGCAGGCCGCUCGCAUGAACGCCCCUCAACUCGGGGGGAGCUUUGCUGUGUGGGGCACCCUAUUUUCCACCUUCCACUGCACCUCGGCCUACGUGCGCCGGAAGGAGGACCCCUGGAACUCCAUCAUAGGUGGCGCCGCCACUGGAGGGGUUCUCUCCAUGCGGCAGGGCAUCAAAGCUUCUGGCCGCUCGGCACUCGCGGGCGGCUUUUUCCUCGCCCUCAUAGAGGGCGCCGGCCUCAUGGCCAACCGAUUCGCACCGCAGAUGCUCCCGCCGCUCCCUGCUGAUGAUCCCAACAUGGCCGCCGCUAUCUCGACGGGAGGAGGUGGCUUCCCAGGCCUGCCUCAGCCUGUCGUGUCCCCUGCAGAGGUCCCGAGCUCAAGCAGUGGGGGUAGCUGGUUUGGCGGCCUCUUUGGCAAGAAGGAGGAGAAGAAGCCCAGCGGCAGUACUGGCAUGUCGGAGAUAUUAGAGAGCUUCGAGACGCCCAGCCCUCCGAUACCAUCGUUUGAGUACAAGUGAAGGAAGGUGCGGUGUUUGUUUGACUGCUCUGAUCUGUAUUUUGGAUUUAAUUCAGAAAGGGUGUUGUUUUUAAGUUCGAUCCACUCCUUGUUUCUGAUACUUUACCCGACGAGGUGGCAAUGAUUUAUUGAGGUGUCUGUUCUAAAUGAUUCUGCCGCUGAGUUUUUCUUGCUAAUGCAACAUGCCACUUUAUUUACUUGUCCAUGCCGUAUAAUCAAGAAGCUUUAUUAGCUUCCAAUUACAGAAUUCAAUGACAGAACAUGAUUGAUUGUCGUAUAUAGCUGCUGUGGUUUUAUUUCAUCACUCUGAGCUCCGAGGAAGCUUUUGUGGUUAAUUAUAUUCCGCUGAGUUCUACCUCCUACUUCCACCACAAAGCACUAAAUCUUCAGGUAGGGUCACACGACAGAUACUAUGUGUACCUUUCACCAUGGGUUGUGUGACCCUACCUGAAGAUAAUUAACGGACCCAUUCCCAGACCAUAUUUUUGAUGAUGCAGCGCCAUGGGUUGUGGGAGGUUCUGCCUUCCAUUUUCUCAAGGCUGCAUGUCCUCUAGACUGUAAAAUAGCUUUAUGUGAUCUACGAGUAGUUCAGUUCAGUACGUAGGUUUGUGGACUUUCAAUGUUGGUUUAUUAGUGGUGAGUUGUUCUAUGGCUGUUCGUUUAUAAGCUGGUUGUUCUUCUGGCCAAUGAAACAUCUCAAAAUAAAGCAUUUGCAUGUAUCAAAAUUAUUUUAGAGCUUGUUAUGUUCUGUAUGGACAUGAGAAUAAAUCUGUCAAGAAUAUUAGGCCUGGUUUGCUUUUAUCAUGUUGUCCUACUCCAUUUGAGAACUCAUAAAUCUGUGUUUCGUUGUGAUAGGGAACAUGGUAAAUAUUCCUUUUUUAUCUAGUCCUGGUUAUGGAUGGGCUGCAUUGGCCAUUUACUUGGACUGAAUUAUUUCUUCUGACAGACAGAAGAAAAAAAUGUUCUAUCUGGCUUACAAAAUUGACAUUCCUGUUGACGUGAAUGCAGUUUUCUUAACCAAUAUCUUGCUACGUGCUUACCUUUUUAUAUGAUGUUAGGGACUGAUUGUGCCUCUUAGCAUCUGAAAUCAUGUCCCGAACAUGCCCCUCGACUGCCUAGCCUAACUUGUUAUUUGUUAAUAAGAUAUAUAAAUUCCAUAUUGUACUUACUGGGUCAAUAAAAUCUUAUGCAAGUAGCAGAUACGGCUCCCAUGGAUUUGAAGAUAUAAAGUAGAUUUUGGUUUCAAGCUGUUUCGAUGCAAAUAUGGAAGUACUACACAUGAUUUUAGCUUAUUUUUUCCCGGUUAUCAGGGAUCGGUUAUUUCAGUGCAGUGUUUUCACAAUUCUUUAUCCAUGGUCCUUGUUCUUCAACUGUACAUUUAGGAUGCCACCUUGGAACUUAAAAAGAAACAAGCUGCUGUAAGGUCAAGUGCCCCAGGAAUGCCUGAGUCAUGCACCUCUGUAUGCUCAUGUGUCUAUAUUGCUCAAGUUCCGUUGGACGUUUUACUAGUGAAUGACUCUAAUUAUAUAUGGAACUAAGAGAAGGUCUCCAUCGUUUUGUCUAAUCUAUCGAGAUGUAUGUUAGACAAUAUCCGUCAUAUGCUUUUUAGUUCCGUCCUCUCUGUUUGAUGUGAUGUUAAACUAUGGCGUGCUUUUGUUGCGCAGCGUGCAGGUUCAUGUGGUUUGGUUAUUAUGUUGUUGCGCCGAUUUAGCUCGGUUUUUCCAUGCUUGCAUGCUCCAUGAAUGUGUGUGACAAUUUGUUCCUACU